AUGACUCAGUACCGCUAUCAGGUGGAGAGGGACCGGGGCAAGGAGUUAGUUUCUGAUUUCUGGUCUGCUGAGCUGUUUUUAAACCUUAAAGAAAAGGGGCUAUUUCCCGACGAUACAGACAUUGGAUUUAUGCUCAGUACUGAUGGCGUUAAGGUAUUUAAGUUUAGGCGAAACUUCAGUAUUUGGCCUAUCCUACUGAUCAACCUGAACCUACCUCCGGCUAUUCGUUUCAAACACCGGAAUAUGUUGCUUAUUGGAUUCAUACCGGGACCCAAUAACCCAAAGGAUAUCGACUCUUUCAUGUUUCCUUUGGUUCAAGAGUUUUUACAGAUGGAAAGAGGCAUACCCGGCGUAUGGAAUAGCUCACGUCAGAAACGUUUUACGUUGAGAGCUCAUAUUUGUGUUAUCGGAGCGGACAUGCCUGGGAGAGAGAAGUUGAUGAACUUCAAAGGUAAUAGGACCACAUGUUACUGCCCAUAUUGUUAUAUACAAGGCAUCCAUAACCGCGGUAUCUAUUGCCCAUUGAAACCUCCCCUCAACUCCUCUCAACCACAACAAUGGAAAACGUAUGAACCCUCUCAACUACCAAUGCGUAAUGACGAUCAGACGCGCAAGAUCGCUGCCCAUGUGGUCCAAACCGGAGACGAUAAUGUCGCAAAGAAAUAUGGCAUUAAAGGCCUGUCCUGCCUUUAUCAGCUCUCCUCUAUAGACCUACCUCGCAGUUUCCCGCCCGACGCCAUGCAUCUUUGGUGGGAAAAUAUUAUCCCAGACUUAGUAGAGCACUGGCGGGGAAAAUUCUUUUCAGAUAUAGCUACGGCUCAGAUACAUGCUGCUGGCCAGGAUGAUCAAGACUCCGCUCCUGCAAAGCCCUCAAUGAAAAAGUUUCACAAAACACGGGAUUUGUAUAACAUACCCCCGGAUAUCUGGGAGGACAUUGGCAGAGAUAUGUUAGCCAGCGCGCCAAGUUUUCCAGCGUUAUUUGGUGACCCUAUCAGGGACUUUACAGAGCAUUGUCAUCAUUUCAAGGCUGCAGAAUGGAAAACAUUUGCUUUUCUUCUUGCACCCAUAUAUCUCAAAGAUAAUUUGCCAGAAGAGGAUUAUUCGGAAUUUAUCAAUAUCAUUGAUGCCGUACAGCUUUGCUAUAAGAACGAACUGACCCUUGCUGAGAUCAACGUGGUAGAAUCACGCAUUACUCGCUUCAUAGAAUACUAUGAGCGGUGGUACUAUGGCCAGAAAUGGGAGAGGUUACCAGCAUGUCUACCCGUAUUCCAUCAAGCCUUACACGUUGCCAAUGGAAUACGGUGGGCAGGGCCUAUGUUUGUCUAUUGGCAGUGGCCAAUGGAACGUGUAUGUGGCAUGAUAGCUGCUACAGCAAAAUCAAAGGUCUCUGCAAACCGGAACAUGGCUAUAACCAUGGUUUUGAACGAAAGACGCAAUCAUUUACCAUAUGUUUUACCAAAGAUUUCAAAUGAGGAUGAUGUAGCAGAUGGAAGCGGACAGUACGAGGAUGAAGAUGGAAACAUAUUGUUGCAUCGCCUAUUUACAAAGCGGCUUGACAAAGCUUCUGCAAAUCAAUACUCAAAAGAUAUACAACAUGCAUCUUUUUCAACCUUCCACCGGCCCACAAAGCCCCAUGUUUUAAGUAAUUGGCAACGGCGGGCACUUAAAGGCUACUUUCAGUUACAACAUGAUGUCUCUUUACUCACGUUGGGGGUCUCUCCCUCAGAACAAAACUCCGUCGAGAUAUUCGAUCAUCAAAUAGCAUUGGAGAAUCUACCGAUGAAAUGUAUGAAAUGGUCCUCUUACACACCAUCAUUUCUGGAAAACACUGUUGAGAAAUGGUGUGUCACAUCUUCUCAGAUGAGAAGGGUGAAUUCUACAAGAAAUUCUUCUAUGAUCAUGUAUAAUAUGACUCUGGCGGAUGGCUCAGUCAAUGUCUCGUUUGGCGAGGUUUUGUUCUUCUUUACAGUUGAUUUUGAUUCACAAAAUGAGUCGGAAGUCAUCGACAACGUUCCCCAGAGGCCAGAAAGCGAGUCACGCUCCUCUACCGAUCAGGACUUGGAACAAAAAUUGUGA